CUCACAACUUACUGAACAGAAAAAUGAACACUGUUUAUGAUAGAACAAUGGCCACUGCCAUGGCACAGGCCCUCGCCGCCAACUCCAACAUGGCCUCCGAUAAGGAACAGAUGCGCCUCUACCUCGAUACACUCAAGGCCAUGGUGCCUCAGUGUCCUAAGAACCGUAAGGUGUCCAGACAGGAACUCAUCGAGCACGUCAUCAACUACAUCAGCGACCUUCAGGAUACCCUCCAGUCCGAAUCGGACUCUGACAGUCGUCCAGGGAGUCCUAUGGACGGCGUCGGUUUCAGUGACUCCUUCAACCAGCAACCACAAUAUGGCGGUUAUGGUGUUCAACCCGACCAGUACUCCAUCGGCAACCAAGAUUUCUACUCCACUGACACGGACAAUGUUCUUCAACCUCAACAUGGAUACCACUCCAUCAAUUCUGCUUCCAGUAAUUUUGGCAGUACCAUCAGUUCCUACAGUGGCUACAUCGCAGACUACAGUGGCUACAGCAGUGACGGCAGCAACUGCAGCGCAUACAGUAGUGGAUCCAGAAUGCACUGCUCAAUCAAGAUGUUUUCCCCUAAUUUUAACAAGAGAGUAAAGGAAUUGAUGGUGGGCUUGUAA